CAGUAUCGAGUGAAACGACUGCUGGCGCCACCGCAACAAUCCCAAAAGCAAUCGUUGAGGAGGAUCGUUGGAAAACCCUAAACCCAUACGACCAUAACUAUAGAUUUCUGGCAUUCUUGUUUCUUCUGCAAUUUUUACCGAGUUUGUUGUUUUUUUUCCUAUAACGGAGAGACUAUUUCCAGUUAGGAAUGAAAUUUGAGCUCUAGUUCUUGAUACCAUAAACUCUCUGUGUGACCUGAUUGUGAGUUUUCUGUACACGACUUUUAUCAAUGGCGAAGUCGAAGUCCAAAAGACAAUCAAAUGGAGACAAUCCUCCACAGAACGACAUAGAACUUCUUAAAUCAGACGUAGCCUCCUUCGCUUCCUCUCUCGGCCUCUCCUCAUCAUCAUCCGGCUUCAACGACACUGACUUCCGUAAAUCUGGCCCCCUCAAACCUCUGAAAAAACCAGCACCUGAUAAACCUCGCAGUGAUGUCGCCACCACCCGGAAUGAUUCCUUUGGCGGUAAGCAGGCCAAGAAAAAGCCAGCACCUGAUAAACCUCGCAAUGAUGUCGCCACCACCCGGAAUGAUUCCUUUAGCAGCAAGCACGGCAAGAAAAAGCCAGCACCUGAUAAACCUCGCAAUGAUGUCGCCACCACCCGGAAUGAUUCCUUUGGCAGAAAGCACGCCAAGCCUAAUUCCAAACUCAAGCCUAAAGUCCUUUCUCUAGAUGACAGCAAAAGCUGGAAAAUUGAUAAGUUCAAAGACCUCCCCAAACUUCCACUGAUGAACGCUAGCUCAUUGGGUGUGUGGCAUCAGGAUGCGGUGGAAUUGGAAAGCAAGGUACUGGGUGAAGGAACGGAAAGAUUGAAAUUGGGGGAGGUGGCACAGCGGGGAGUGGGGGGGUGGCAGGGAAUGGUGGAGAAGAAACGAGAGGUUGCUGAGCGGCUGAUGGCUCAGUAUGUGCUGGACUACGAGAUGGGUAGAGGAAAAAGUGGGGAUGUGAAGAUGCUGAUUGCCACACAGAGGUCUGGUACAGCCGCAGAUAAGGUCUCAGCGUUUUCUGUUUUGGUUGGGGAUAACCCAGUUGCUAAUUUAAGGUCGCUUGAUGCACUCUUGGGAAUGGUCACGUCAAAGGUGGGAAAGCGUCAUUCUUUGACUGGGUUUGAAGCCUUGAAAGAACUUUUUGUUACGAGUUUAUUACCUGAUCGGAAGCUAAAGACCCUACUACAACAGCCUCUUAAUAAGCUUCCAGAGAGUAAAAAUGGUUAUUCCUUGCUACUUUUCUGGUAUUUCGAGGAGUGCUUGAAGCAGAGGUAUGAACGCUUUGUUUUUGCACUUGAGGAAGCAUCAAGAGAUAUGUUACCCGUAUUGAAAGACAAGGCAUUGAAGACUACGUAUGGACUGUUGAAGAGCAAACCAGAGCAAGAGCGUAGGUUGCUCUCUGCAUUAGUUAACAAACUGGGAGAUCCUCAAAAUAAGAGUGCGUCUAAUGCUGAUUUUCACUUAUCAAACCUUUUGUCUGACCACCCUAGUAUGAAGUCUGUGGUGAUCAACGAGGUGGAUAUUUUUCUCUUUCGGCCUCAUCUGGGAUUAAGAGCAAAGUACCAUGCUAUAAACUUUUUGAGUCAAAUUCGUUUGACUCAUAUUGGAGAUGGGCCGAAUGUGGCCAAACGACUGAUAGAUAUAUAUUUCGCACUUUUUAAGGUACUGAUUACUGAAGCAGGUAAUAAUGAAAAUAAGAAUAGCAAGGCACAGGAUGAAAAGCCUUCUGGUAAUUCUGACAAGAUCAAUAAAGCCAAAAGUUCAUCGGACUCUCAUGUUGAAUUGGAUUCACGACUCCUAUCAGCUCUUUUAACGGGUAUCAAUAGGGCAUUUCCAUAUGUUGCAAGCACUGAGGCUGAUGACAUCAUAGAGGUUCAAACACCCAUGCUGUUCCAACUGGUCCAUUCGAAGAAUUUUAAUGUGGGAGUUCAGGCACUGAUGCUGCUUGAUAAGAUCUCGUCCAAGAAUCAGAUUGUCAGUGAUCGCUUUUACCGCGCCUUAUACUCGAAACUUCUACUUCCAGCUGCCAUGCAUUCUUCCAAGGCAGAAAUGUUUAUUGGACUUCUUCUGAGAGCCAUUAAAAGUGAUGUCAAUUUGAAGCGUGUUUGUGCAUUUUCAAAGCGCCUAUUGCAGGUUGCUCUCCAGCAGCCACCUCAAUAUGCUUGUGGAUGCCUAUUUCUCCUCUCUGAAGUUCUUAAAGCAAAGCCACCUUUGUGGAGCAUGGUUCUCCAGAGUGAGUCCAUUGAUUCUGACAUAGAGCAUUUUGAAGACAUUGAAGAAACUGAUAAUGAGCCCCCCACUCCAUCAAAGAAAGAAGAAACUAACGACGAAGUAGCGCUUGCUGACCAUCAGGAUAGGGCCAAUUCUAAUAGUGAUGCAUUAGAAGAUGAAGAUGACUCUCCAGAAGACAUGGAUGACUCUUCAGCAUCCUAUUCUGAACAUGACUCAGAUGAAGCAGAGGGGUUGCUUCUGAACAAUGACUCAAAAGAUCUUUCAGAAUCUCGGAGAUUACCUUGUGCAGAUGGGCUUGAAAUUCAAGUAUCUGCAACCAAACCUACCUUGCCUGGAGGUUACGAUCCAAGACACAGAGAACCUUCUUACUGCAAUGCAGAUCGUUCAAGCUGGUGGGAGCUGACGGUACUUGCUUCUCACGUACACCCAUCAGUUGCAACCAUGGCUGGAACUCUUCUUUCUGGAGCCAAUAUUGUUUAUAAUGGAAACCCAUUAAAUGAUCUAUCAAUGAGUGCAUUUCUAGAUAAGUUCAUGGAGAAAAAACCGAAGCAAAACACUUGGCAUGGUGGUUCCCAGAUUGAACCUGCUAAGAAGCUCGACAUGAACAAUCACUUACUUGGACCAGAAAUACUGUCGUUGGCCGAGAUGGAUGUACCCCCUGAAGAUCUGGUUUUCCACAAGUUUUACACAAACAAAAUGAAUUCCACAAAGAAAUUAAAGAAGAAGAAAAAGAAGGAAGCAGAGGAGGAGGAGGCUGCAGAAGAGUUUGUUGGAAUGGAUGGUGGUGAUGUGAGUGAUGAUGAAGAGAUAGACAAUAUGUUGGACUCUACUGAUCUCUCCUUUGAAGAAGCAAAUGGUGAGUACGAUUAUGAUGAUCUUGACAAAAUGGCCGACGACGACGAUGAGGAGUUGGUCGGUGACGUUAGUGAUGCAGAGAUGGACAUUCCCUCAGAUACUGCUGAGGGAUCUGAGGGAGAUUUUGAAGCCAUUCCUGAUAAUGUGAGUGUAGACAGUGAUGGUGAUGAUGAUGUUAAUAUAGGGGAUGCAGAUGAUGAUAGUGAGGCUGGUGAUGAUUUUAAUCUUAAGAAAAGAAAACAGAAAUCUGGUGGUAAGGUGGGUGCAUCUCCCUUUGCAAGCCUGGAAGAUUACGCCCAUCUGUUGAAUGAAGAUAGUAGUCCUCCUGAAAAGGGAUCUAGAGGGGAAAAAAGGUCCAAGUCCAGGUCCAAAAAGAGAUCAUCAUCAUCAUCAUCAUCAUCAUCAUCAUCUGGAGAUGGUCCUAAAUUACAGGAAUCCGGGAGAAAACGUAAGAAAAAAACCCAGAAAGGAAAGGGAAAGAAGCCAUCAGAGUAAUCAUCAAUACUGAUUCAGAACAAAAUCCUCCAUUGUUGUCCUUUUGAGCUCUAGUUAUUGAAGUUUAACAAUGUGCUUACAUUACACAGACUAGACAACAAACUCUUGAAUUUGCAACAAAA